AUGGCCGCUAGAACAAUUUCAAAGAUCGUCACAGCUAGACAACAAGCUGAAGGUGUUGGUGCCACAGUCCGCAGAUCUAUUGGUGUCAUUAACCAAAGAAACUUUAAUCCAUUCUUGAUGUUUGACCACUUUUCAAGUUCUGGUACUAAUGGUUUCCCAGAACAUCCACAUAGGGGACAAGAGACAAUUACGUUGAUUUUGCACGGUGCUAUGGCUCACGAAGAUUUCACGGGGUCUAAAGGUAUUUUGUAUGCUGGAGACUUGCAAUUCAUGACUGCUGGUAAAGGUGUUGUGCAUUCGGAAAUGCCAGUACCUAAUGCUGAUGGAUCUCCUACUGUUGGAUUGCAAUUAUGGGUUGAUUUGCCAAAUGCCUUGAAAAGUGCUAAACCAAGGUACAGAGAUUUGAGAGAAUGGGAAAUUCCUGAAGUCAAAGCUGAUGAUGGUAAAGUUACGGUUAAGGUUAUUAGUGGAAAGAGUUAUGGUGUGGAGUCGAUCAAAGAUUUGGCAUACACUCCAAUAAACUACUACUACUACAAAGUCAAGGCUGGUGGACAGUUUAAGCAAGAAUUGCAAAAAGGAUUCAAUUACUUCCUUUAUGUGUUGAAGGGUAAGAACUUGGUUUUGAAUGAAGAUACCAAAGUAGAUGAGUUCCAAAACGUUUUCUUCAAUGAAGAAGGUGACUACAUCAGUGGUGAGAACACAGCUACAACUGAUUCCGAAGAUAAUGAGUUAGAAUUUAUUUUGGUUGGUGGUAAAAAGUUGGACCAAGAGGUUGUUCAAUACGGACCAUUUGUCCUCAGUUGUAAAGAGGAUGUACAAAAGGCAAUCAUUGACUAUCAAUAUGCUCAAAACGGUUUUGAAAACAUCAAGACUUGGAAAACUUUGAUCAGUAACGGGGUCACUCCAGAGAUGAUUGAGGGUCCAUUGGAAGGUAAUCUUGAAGCUAGAGAGAAAAAGAGAGCAGCAUAUUUGGAACACAAGAAACAACUUGAAGCUGAAUCUGGAUCUGCCCCAGCAAGGGAUGAGCUUUGA